GGCAACACGUCAGUCUUAAUCUAUAGCUGCUGCCUGUCACUAUUAUUUAGUUCGUUCUCUCCCACAUGGUGUAUUCUAUUUGGUUAUUCUUUAAUGAUUUAGUAUCCGAACUGCAUUUCCAAGUAUUAUUUAUGUAUAGCAUGUAAAAUACUAAUAUGGCUCUGCCGCAGAAAAAAUACUAUCGACAACGGGCUCAUUCAAAUCCAAUAGCUGACCAUUGUUUUGAAUACCCUGCUCACCCAGAUGAUUAUGAUUGGUCUAAUUUAUAUCCUGUCUUAAAAACUGAUAAAUCUAAAGGAAAAGUAGAGUUUUUGGAUGUUGGCUGUGGAUAUGGUGGGCUCUUAGUGACUCUAUCACCAAUGUUUCCAGAAAAUCUUAUGCUAGGCCUGGAAAUACGUGUAAAAGUUUCUGAUUAUGUCAAUGAUAGAAUUCUAGCACUAAGAACGCAGGAAGCAGAUCUAUACCAAAAUAUUGCUGUGCUUAGAACAAAUGCAAUGAAAUACUUACCAAAUUUUUUCUAUAAGGGCCAGCUGAAAAAAAUGUUUUUCCUAUAUCCAGACCCUCACUUUAAGAAGGCUAAGCAUAAAUGGAGGAUUAUCAAUAAGUGGCUUCUAUCUGAAUAUGCUUAUGUACUUGCAGAGUUUGGUAUUGUAUACACAAUAACAGAUGUAAAAGAUUUACAUGAAUGGAUGGUUACUCACUUUGAACAGCAUCCACUGUUCGAAAGAAUUUUGGAGGAAGAUUUAAAAAAUGACAAAAUUGUUGAUAAACUAUAUGCAAGCACUGAAGAAGGUCAAAAAGUUACUAGGAACAAUGGUGAUAAAUUUCUUGCAGUAUUCAGAAGGAUACCUGAUACUAUAAAUAUUCAAUAGAUUUAAUUGUAUUAUGAUAAGAAAUUGUUAUGUAGCAAUAAAAAGGAUUUGUAAUAUA